AUGUUGAAAGUAAAGGAGCGGAAACAGGCGAAACAACAGCUACGACAACAAGACGAGAGCGAUGACUCAGACGUGGAAUUCGUGCUCGAUGGAGAGCCAGAGAGGGACGAAAGCGAGCAAGAGCUGGAGAGAGUGGUCUUUGGCGACAGUGCUGGUUUCAGGCAGGGCUUGAAGGACGUCGUAUUGGUGGAUGUAGACGAGGAUGAGGAGUCCAAGAUCCCUACGACUGGUCUAGAGGAGUUGGACGAUGCAGAUCUUUUCUUCACCGACACAGGAGACAGUGUACCACAAGCAACCGUUGAGCCGGACUCGGACGAGGAAGACAAAACGUUACACUCCAAGCAUGCGCCAGCCUGGGAAGACAGCGAUGACGAGCGAACACUCGUCUCACUAGCAGCUGCACCACGAUUGCGGAAGCUACGACGGACUGAAGCCGAGGAUGUAGUGGACGGGCGAGAGUACUCCAAGCGGCUACGACGACAAUUCGAGUUGCUCAACCCACAACCCGAGUGGGCGCAAUAUGCUGUCCAACAACCAGCGAGGAAGAAGAGACGAUUGUCCGACGACGAAGGAUCCUCCAACGACGACAUGGACAUCGAUUCAGACGACAUCCCCUCCGUCACCCCCCUCUCCAAGCUCCUCCAAUCCUCCUCCGACCUCCUCCGCCCCUCAAACCCAAGCAAAAAGCGCAAACUCCGACCCGAAGUCAUCUCUAUACAACGAACAAAGGAUAUCAUGGCCACCUCCCCCUCAGCCAUCACCUCCCUCUCCUUCCACCCAACUCUCCCCCUCGUCCUCUCCUCCGGUCCCUCAGCAACACUCUACCUGCACCAACUAGCCGCCUCGCCACCAGCACUAGCCCCAAACCCCUUGCUAACAAGCCUCCACAUCCGUAAAACGGCCCUCACGACCACUGCUUUCCAUCCGACGGACUCGAGAAUCUUUCUAUCAGCACGAAGACGAUAUUUCCACGUCUGGAACCUACAGACCGGCCACGUGGAGAAAAUCGCCCGGGUAUACGGACAGCAGUACGAGCAAAGAAGCAUGGAGCGCUUCAAACUCAGUCCCGACGGCAAACUCAUGGCUCUCCUUGGCUCGGCGCGCAAAGGCGGCGGCGUCAUCAACGUCUUGUCCGCCUCGACUCUGCAAUGGGUCGCGCAAGUCCGGGUCGAGAGUCGAGGCGGCGUCGCGGAGUUCUGCUGGUGGCGGGAUGGGAAAGGGUUGUGUAUUGUGGGUAAGAGCGGGGAGGUCACGGAGUGGAACGCGCAGACUCGGACUGUGGUGGCGAGAUGGCAGGAUGAAGGUGCUGUGGGGACUACCACUCUAACGCUAGGAGGCCUGCACGAGUUCGCGAAAAGUCCCAUCGGAACCGAUCGUUGGGUUGUUAUUGGGUCUUCGUCCGGGAUAGUGAAUAUCUAUGAUCGACGGGCUUGGCUCGCUGAUCCCAUUAUUUCUGGCACCGUCCCGAUAACGCCGAAACCGACCCGUGUUCUUGACCAUCUAACCACACCCAUCUCACACCUCCACAUCGACCCGAGCGGACAGAUUUUGGCCAUGGCGUCAAGGUGGAAGCGGGAUGCAUUGAGGUUAGUGCAUUUGCCUAGUUGUACUGUCUUUCGGAACUGGCCGACAGGGGAGACGCCUUUGGGCCGCAUCUCGGCCGUGAGUUGGUGCGAUGGGGGGGCUGUUGACGGGAGGAGGGGUGGUGAGGGCGGUGGCGUUGAGGGGGGAGGGGAUGUGGUUGCGUUGUUGGCGGUGGGGAAUGAGAAGGGGGCUGUCAGGGUUUGGGAGGUGAGAUGA